AUCCUGAGCUCUCCCUGCCCUGUUCCCUCCCCCCAGCCUGGCUGCCCGCCCUGCAGCUGGUGCGCCGCGGCUCCAAGGCGGUCACCCGGCACUGGAAGGCGAUGCACUUCCAGCGGCAGAAGCUGAUGGCCGUCACCGAGUACGUGCCCCCGCGGCCGGCCGUCCCUCCGCGCUGCAUCGCCCCCGUGAAGGAAUCGGUCGAGAAGGAGGACGGCUACAUGCGGCUGCUGCAGCGGCAGGUGCGGGAGGCCUUCAGGGACAACCGGAUGGUGGCCGUCUGCCAGUUCAACUCCAUGGCCGAGGAGGAGGUGGCGCUGCUGAGGCACUACCUGCGCAGGCACAACAUCCAGGUCAAGUUCGUCCUCAACGAGGUCGUGAGGCCGGUGCUGUCCCAGUCCAAGUACAGGAACCUCCUCCCUCUCUUCGUGGCUCGCAACAUCCUGCUGGUCAGCCCAGAGGCCAAGGCCAAGGAGAUGCUGAGGGUGCUGAAGGGAGUGCCACAGGUCAACCUCCUGGGUGCCUGCAUCGAUGACACCAUCCUGAGCAGGCAGGGAGUGGAGAACUUCGCCAAGCUGCCCUCCCUGGAGGCCACCCAGGGCCAGACUGUUGGGGCCUUGGCCCUGCUGCCUUCCCAGACCUCCUCCCUGCUCCAGCGUGGCCCUGCACACCUCACAGCCCUCCUGGACCAGCACCUCCGCCAGCUGCGGGAGGGGGGCACGGCUGGGGACAGGGGGAGCCCAGCUGAGGCCACAGGCAGCAGGGCUGAGGCCACAGGGGGAGGCUCGGGCUCCGUGCGUGGCCCGGACGCGGGUGGGUCGGGCUCGGUGCCGGGAGGUGGGAGCGGCGGGGGGUGGAUCCCGGUUCCCCCGGCGGGCUGCCGCGGCUGGCGGCUCCGGUCCUCCACGGUGCAGGGGGCAGAGCCGAGCGGCUCCGGCCCGGCGCCUCCGCCUUCUUCCGUGUUCCGCUUCCUGCAGCCGCCGGGCAGGAUGCGACCGGCCCCGGCUGCCCGCCCGCCGCCCCCCGAGGUGAGCGCCGGGGACGCGGCCGCGGGGGAGACCGCAGGGGGUCCAGCCGGGGCCGGGGGCGAAGGCACCGCACCCGGCUUUCCCCGGCCCCAACGAGGGUCGUGCCCACCUCCGUGCCCUGCCCGGGGCUGCCAGCAGCUUUGA